UUUGGCCAAAUGCUAUUACCCAACAAUAGUUAGCGAGCGGCUGAGUGCGAAGAGUAAGGACAGCAAGACCGAGACGAUCAGAGAGAACAGAAAUGGCUUGGUGUGCGGCUCGGACCUUUCACAUGCCGGCGUUUGACGUCACUGCACUGCGCUCCAAGACUCCCUUAGCCGUGGGCGUCGGUUGCGCUUCGGUGGCCGGAACCACCUUGUGGCGAUCUUCCUCAACUUCUAAGCGCCAAAUGCCCUUCGCAUCCCUAGGCAUUUCCACCGAUACUAGUAUCAAGGAAGCUGUUCAGACUGACAAGGCUCCAGCGGCAUUAGGGCCAUAUUCUCAGGCUAUCAAAGCCAACAACCUUCUCUUUGUGUCUGGUUGCCUAGGUCUAAAUCCUGAGACAGGGAAAUUUGUCUCAGAUGAUGUUGAAGACCAAACGGAGCAGGUUCUCAAAAAUAUGGGUGAAAUAUUGAAAGCUGGAGGUGCCAGCUAUUCUUCUGUGGUUAAGACAACUAUCAUGUUGGCUGAUCUGAAGGACUUCAAGAAAGUUAAUGAGAUAUAUGGUAAAUAUUUUCCGUCGCCUUCUCCAGCUCGGUCAACAUAUCAGGUUGCAGCAUUGCCUUUGGAUGCUAAGGUCGAAAUUGAGUGCAUUGCUACACUUUGAACUCUUACCUAAUUUCAGGUACCCCAGUUUCCAAGACAGCAUAAGUUAAUAAGAUGGAGAUAUCAAUCACAGGAACACCCCAAAUCCAUUUUGGCUUUUGUAUUCUCUGAGGCUUUCUUGUUACAGUAUUUUGUAAGCACUAGACAUAAAAAUCAAAGUCGUACGUACUUUUUACCAUUGAAAAUUAAAGUUAGAUGAACCAUAUUGAUUGUUGCAGAUUACAUGAAUGUCUUCUUUUGUAAAAUGUGUUAUUUGUUUAGCAA